UUGAGAUACGUUGUCCAUAGCUGGACGGGGUACGCAAAUACCGACACUCACUGGGACAACACGACAUGGAUGCUCCAUGAUAAAGUUACGCAAUGGCGACACAACCACCGUUGCCAGAACUCGUGCGCGACUCGAGGCUGGAAACGGAAUUCACAGGGAAUAUCGCCAUCCACCGAACUCGACGCGAGGCUUGGAGUCGGGAAAAGGUCCUUGGCCACGGAGGCUUCGGCUUGGUCUGGUUAGAGCGGCGAGUCGAUGAUGGACUCCUAUCGCGCCGAGAAGCAAUCGCGCUGCGUGCGGUCAAGGAAAUUCAGUUGCACCGGCCGGCUCAAGCUGGUCUCGACUAUGUGCGUGAGCUGCAGGCGUUGGCGAAGUUUUCUCAGGAAAAGUAUAGUUACCGACUUCUUUAUUAAAUCCUAUGGCUGGUUUACUAGUCAGGAAUCCCUGUUUAUCACCAUGGAAUAUUGCGAAUACGGAGACCUAAAGAAGUACCUUGCCCGCCAUGGCAGUCUUCUCGAGAUCGAGGU